CCAAGUGAUAAGCAACUAAGCUAGAGUGAAGUUAAAGACAACCACAAUAAAGGGUCCACUUCUGUUAUCUCUCUCUACCUCUCUGCGCAGAAUUAAAUCUUUGUUUUGGAGGGGUUGGUUCAAAAUGCCUGAAGAAGAUACAUACAUAUAAAUAAAUCUACACAUAUUCUAAAUCUCAAAUUCUCUUGCAUUCUCAACCAUUAAAAGCUCCUACAUUGUCUUAUACAAUUGUUUGACUUGUUGGUUCUUGUACUGACUCUCAGUUCACUCGAGCUCCCCAGAUCUUUCAAGCUCAGAUUCAGAACAUAAUGUCAGGGCUCUUUCUAAUGUUUGGUGCCUCUGGAGAACUGAAGAAGUUUCGAAGAUUAUUGCUGAAAUGGAUGAUUAUUUCACUUUAUGCUAUAUUCAGCACCUGUGCAGAUUUACCCAAUACCCCAGUGGAAGAGCAGGUCAUUUCACCAACUAACAGGCCUUUGCUAGUUUCAGCUAUACCUAAAAUCCCCAUGUUAGUUGACCUCCCAGUAUUCUACAAACGUCAUCGUAAACAUAUUAUACAUAAUCCUGUUCCAAAUCUUCCACCUGCACCUGCUCAUUCUCCCUACAAUAGCCCUCUGAUAGCCUCUGCUCAUGCUCCUUCAAACUCACAUUUUUCAAAACCGUCAAUGAGGAAAAGCAAAUUACUGCCUCCUACCGCUUCUAUGACACCUCCAUGGUUGCAUAAUGUUUCUCCAACACAAUCGGAUCCUGGCGCUAUACCUGCCGUUUUAGCUAAUCCACCAAAAGCACCAAAUUGUUGUGGACACAACAUGGUGCGAAAGCGAGGGACCCAGGCUUGCCACUGUGUAUAUCCGAUAAAGCUUGAUAUUCUCCUUAUAAACGUUUCAUCAAACCCAAAUUGGAAUAUUGUAUUAGAAGAGUUUGCUUAUCAACUCGGUCUACGGGGAUCUCAAAUUGCGCCAAUAAACUUUUAUGUAGUCACUUCAUCAAAUUGGAACAUUUCGGUGGCCAUAACUCCGCAUACAGGAAAAAGCUUCUCUGCAGUUGAAGCAUCAGGAAUAAAUUCUUCACUAUCCAUGCAUAGGGUUCGUACAAACCCCAAAUUAGUGGGUGAUUACAAGAUACUCAACUUUACCUGGUUUCAGUCUCAGGCUUCAUCUCAGGCAUCACCAGUUGGCGCACCUUCAUACAAUCCUUCGUCUUCCACAGAACUUAAUACUUCAAGUAACGGGAAACAUCCGAGUAUUGUCUUGAUCGUUGGUGUAGGUAUUGGCGUUCUGAUAAUUGGCAUUAUUUCAAUGCUUAUAGUCUGUUCAUAUACAUCUCAGCAAGGGAAGAAAAAGGAGAAGACCUAUGUCACAGAAACUGAUAUUCCAGCCAAGUCCAAGACAGUCGAUGCUCUUCCGAGAGUAGGGUCCCUUUCCCUCCACCCGACCAGCACACGCUUCCUUGCAUAUGAAGAGCUAAAAGAAGCAACGAACAAUUUUGAUUCUAUUAGUGUGCUUGGGGAGGGUGGUUUUGGCAGAGUAUUUAAGGGAAUGUUAAGUGAUGGUACGGCGGUAGCAAUAAAGAGGCUUACGAGUGGAGGACAACAAGGGGAUAAAGAAUUUUUGGUUGAGGUUGAUAUGCUUAGUAGGUUGCAUCAUCGAAACCUGGUGAAGCUUGUAGGUUAUUAUAGCAAUAGCGACUCUUCACAAAAGCUGCUUUGUUAUGAGCUUGUCCCCAAUGGAAGUCUGGAGGAAUGGCUCCAUGGUCCUUUAGGACUUAAUUGUCCUCUGAACUGGGAGACCAGAAUGAAGAUUGCCCUAGAUGCUGCACGAGGCCUUGCUUACCUGCAUGAGGAUUCCCAACCUUGUGUUAUACACAGAGAUUUUAAGGCGUCAAAUAUAUUGCUGGAGAAUAACUUCCAAGCUAAAGUUGCUGAUUUUGGCCUUGCAAAACUGGCCCCUGAAGGCAGGCAGAACUACCUAUCUACGAGUGUAAUGGGUACCUUUGGGUAUGUAGCACCUGAAUAUGCAAUGACUGGUCAUCUACUAGUAAAAAGUGAUGUCUACAGCUAUGGUGUUGUCCUCCUUGAGUUGUUGACAGGACGGAGACCUGUGGAUAUGUCACAGCCAUCAGGACAGGAAAACCUUGUGACUUGGGCCAGGCCUAUUCUUAGGGAUAAGGAUCGUCUUGAUGAACUUGCCGAUCUCAGGCUUGGAGGAAAGUACCCGAAGGAUGAUUUUGCAAGGGUUUGCACCAUUGCAGCAGCUUGUGUUGCCCCUGAGGCUAACCAGCGUCCUACUAUGGGAGAAGUUGUGCAGUCACUUAAAAUGGUGCAGCAAGUUACAGAGUAUCAGGAUUCUGUGUUGACCUCCAACAACCGUCCUACCUUCACAUCAGACGGGACAUCUUCUAUCUUCUCUUCAGGUCCUUAUUCUGGAAUAAGUGCAUUUGAAAAUGAUGUGAUCUCUCGAACAACUGUAUUCUCUGAAGACCUUCAUGAAGGAAGAUGAUCAGGUAACUAGAUAAUCUAGCUUUUUUUUUU